GAAAAUCCUUUUAAAUAGCUAAAUUGAACCUCGACCUUGAUGUCAACCCAAUCAUGGUCAUGUUAUAUUAUUUAAAUCUAUUGUUUAAAAUUAGUUUAUAGGUGAUUUUUCAAUUUAUAAUUAGGAUAUAAUUAAUUUAAUGUGAUUCAACAAAUUAUUAGUAAAUUUAAUUUUAAAUGAUGAUAAACUGUCCGAACGAACCAAAUUUCUAUUUAUAGUGUCCCAGUUAACCAAAUUCAAAUGAUAAUCCUCUCCAGGUAUGGAGAGAAUAUAUAAACUACAAAUCCAUAGCAAUCAGAACAAAGAGGAACUGCUGAUAAGCCAUAAAGAUGCUGCUGAUUUUAAAAUUGAUGAUAUUUUAGAGAUAUAUUCUGAUGAAAUCAGUUACAGCCAUUUAUUGCUAUGUGUUAAAGGUUACUUGGACCCUAAAGAUGUUAAAUCAAAGGAUAAACCGUGUAUUAGUGUCGAACAAUCGAUCGCAAGCAGUUUCCAUCUGCGUCCUUAUCUGGACGUUAAAGUUAGAAAGGUCAAUCCAAAGGAUGUAACUCUUGAUUCAGUUGAAUUAACUUUCAAGGAUCAAUACUUAUCUCGUAGUGAUAUGUGGAGGUUGAAAUGCCAUCUUGUCAAAACUUGUAUUUACCUGAAUAAAACAGUCACUUUCUCAGGUAUAAGAUGUACUGUUUUCGAGAUGUGGUCUCAGGGGGAACGUGUUGCUUCUGGCUAUUUAAGCUCAGAUACAAAGAUCGUUUUUCGGUCAGCCUCUAGUAUGGUUUAUCUUUUUAUACAAAUGAGUAGUGAGAUGUGGGACUACGACAUAAAUGGUGAUCUUUAUUUUGAAAAAGCUAUAAAUGGAUUUCUUUAUGACCUUUUUGCCAAAUGGAAGAGAUUUAAUUGCGCACACGAUGUUACCAUUGUUUUGUUUUCACGGACAUUUUACAAGGCCAAAAGCACGGAUGAAUUUCCACCGGAGAUGAGAGGAUGCCUCCAACAAGACUAUAAAAAUAGAUUCUAUGAAGAUUUUUAUCGAGUUGCUGUUCAAAAUGAUCGUCUUGACGAUUGGGAACCAGUUCUCGUUCUUUUGAAAAAGCUUUUUAACCAAUAUGAAAAAGAAGUGUUGCGUUACCAUGAAAAGCCCGGAGUUAAGAUACCCAAAGCUUUCAAUUCAACAUCAUCGCAGGGUAACUUUCUUGAAGUUCUGAAUAUGUCAUUGAACGUCUUCGAGAAACAUUACUUAGAUCGUAGUUUUGACCGAACAGGACAGCUCUCUGUAGUUAUCUCUCCUGGUGUUGGUGUAUUCGAAGUUGAUUUCGAGCUCAGUAACAUAACAAAACAACGAAUCAUUGACAAUGGUAUUGGAAGUGAUUUAGUUUGUCUAGGUGAACAGCCAUUACACGCAGUACCUCUCUUCAAGUUCAAUCGAGGAAAUUCCUCUCCAUAUCCAUUAACUGCUGCCGAUCUCUUCAAUAUGCCUCACUGGAUAAAUUUAAGUUUUUACUCAUCGACUAACAAUCACUUUUGCUCAAGUUAUGUACCUCGUAUUAAGAUGCCAAACAUUUUACCAAAGAGUGAAAAACCCAAUUGGAACAAUAAACCUAAUCUUUAUCGCUCACCCAGCAGAGACUUAACCUCAAAUGACUCAGCCAAUAAUUUCUGUCCAAUUAUGUCGGUUCUUGAUUAUGAUCAAUACGAUGAAAAAGUUUUCAAGGCACAAUCCCAUCUACCAUCAGUUAACUCUACGUGCCAACCUUCUACUCGAAGAAAGUCUACCAUGGGCUCUCAUUUCCAUCUUGCUGAAUAUUUAGAAACAGAUCGUAAUAAUCAGCGGAGAGCUUCAGAUGCAUUAGCUUUUGGUAUGGAAUCAAACACUUCAUCAAAUUCCAACUCUAUGUCAUCAGCUAUGUCUAUUCCUGCAAAAAACAAUUCUCAAAGUGCUUCUAGUCAUGGAACUUUAUCCACAUCUGUUGAAAGUAAAACAAAUAAAGCCCUCCGACUUAAAUUAGAAUCAAAAGAUGAUCUUACUCUUCAUAGGUAUAACAGUUCGACACUGCCAUAUAGAGAUAGAACAGCUGCAUCAAGGCCGAAAGCCUUAAUCAACCCAUUUGACCCUUCCCAUGUUUCUAUAAAAUUAACUUCCAACCGUCGUCGAUGGACACAUGUUUUCCCACUCGGUCCUACCGGUAUUUUUAUGCAACAACAUCAUUAUCAAGCGGUUCCACAAAAUACUGCUAGUACUUUACUUCCAUUGCCCGCAUGUAACCGCAAAUCUCGAAACAGUAACAGCGAAAGUAACAAUGAAACAGGAGACCUUGGAACUCACCAACAACCCAAACAUCCUCGAAGUGAUAGCUACUCUUCUGCUGGUCGUAGUCUAAGUCCAAGUGGUGAAAGUCCUCACUCUCUUGAAUCAACACGUUCCAAAAGAGUAGGUAGUCGAACAGCUUCAAUCAUAUCAGCUGAUCCACACACGGAUAAAAGUCUUACAUGGGCAUGGGGAGCUACUGGUGAGCAAGAAUGGACUCCUGCGAUAACAACAGGAGUAGACUGGAAAUCACUUGUUAUUCCUGCUUGUCUCCCACUCACUACUGACUUCAUACCAGACAACCGAAGUUUAGAUAAUGAUUAUGUUAAUUCCGAGUACAGUUUGCUACCAGAAUCUAUUAUUCCAGUUAAUGAUUAUUCACGACCGGGUGAUGGUGAUUUGGAUAAUAAGCUUAGCCGGUCUCCAUUAACAACUACUCAAGUUUUCAAAGAACUUAUUUGUCAAAGACUUCAAAUGGGUUUCCAAACGAUUGUUUAUCCUAAAGACAACGUACCCAACUCAAUGAUUUUAAAUCAUGACGGUGAUCCAUACGAUCAAACUCUGAGUAUUGGUAGGAUUUUUCAUCGUCUCAAGUUAGAAAAUUCAAUGGUUUACGUAAGAGUCUAUAGACCUCGUCAUCCUUAUCCUGUUAAAAAAAUCAAUUAUCCUUAUCAAUUCCGAGCUCCUGACAAUGAAACGUAUGGAGUGUCUUGGGCUGGUUUUGCUAGUGAAAAGUUGGAAACUUAUACUUGGAGUUAUUUGGAUAAUUAUGUUUGUGCUCGUGGUGAAAAUGAGUAUGAACUUAAAGAUGAUCUCAAAUAUUGGAGACUUCGUAUAUUAAUUUUACCCAAACGUGAAUCAAUUACUCGUAAGGUUAUUGACUCACUUUAUGAAGCAGACAAUUCUGAUCCAACUUGUGAACUUUAUCCUGAUUGGGAUAUUGAAGAAAAGUAUCAAUUACAAGAAGGAUUCUUAAAGUUUGUCGAAAUCAUCAACAACAUCAGGCGUAAUGUAACAUCAGGACGACGAAUUAUUAGUGAUACUCAUAAAAACACUGAAAGUAAACGUCGAUCAGGUAUCUGUCUAAAAUCUAUAGUACUUGCUAACAAAAUUUUAGAAAAUGGUUCCAAAAAGGAUCGACUGUUAUCUAACAACUUAAUCAAUGUCAGGAAUAAACUAACCGGGAAAUCUGAGACUCGUAAUUUUACUAACAAUCGUGAUGAAUUAGAUGGUAACACUUCUUCCGUCAUUGCCCCCGUAACAGGAAUGAACAUAUCAGAUCUAAUGGACAAAGCAGAUCAAGAAGAUUACAUCGAAACAACUCCAACUAAAAAAUUAAGCACCAAUAUGUCUUACAAAACACUGGUGGAAAAAUUAAAGAACAGUAGCAAUGUUUACUAUUUUGGUAAAGAUCUCGGUCUCCCUGAGUUCACAUUUAUAAGUGCUGAAGCAGUUUCAUGGGCAAUCGAAUCGAUUGAUGGCGUGUUCAACGAGGAAAGUGCCUGUGAUCUCUUUCAAGAAAUGAUAAACUCUAAACUUAUUUGUCAUGCAUCUGGUUAUAAUGCUAUUCAGUUUGAGCAUGGUUUUUAUUUCUAUUUUAUCGUGGAUAAAUCUAAUGAAAAAUUAAUCGAUGAUGAUGAGAGCAAGUACGAGCUUUUUAAUCGCACUUGGUUUGAAGUUAAAUUAUUGCCAGCUCGAGUUUCUGGUCAAAGUGAAUGGUCUAAACCUCCUUCAGAGAUUAUAAAGCUUAAAAAAUCAAUAAUGAAAUUCAACAGAGCAGUGAUUGAUUUAGAUUCAACAAGUGAAGAUGGUCGAGUUGAAUGGAUGCACGCAAAAUAUCAAGCAGCUUACCAUCCAGAUUAUUCAUAUGAAAUGGAGCUUCAAUGGAUGGUUGCCACAAGUUAUCAACUUGUUGAAAAAGUGCAACAAUGGGCUCGUAAAACUGGAGCUGGAGGAUUUCAUUUUGUGCCUAUUCCAAAUGAUCCUUUUGCUUUACCCUUUGAAAGUAAAUCAGACCCGUUACGAGGUCCUAUUUUUAUACAGCUCAAUUUAGAUGAAUUACCGCCCAAAGCUAGACAAUAUCUUCAAGGUGAUAAUUUAAUAAAUUUCCGUAAAGAUAUUCUCAAGAGAUUUGGAUUUUUAACUUUUAGUGAAUCAGGUCAAGAUCAACGUCAACAAUUUAUUCAUGUAUCUGGCAGUAUUUUUGUCCUUUUACCUGACACUUCAAGUUCAGAUACAAAAGUACAAAAGGGAUCAUCAAAGAAUGAAGAUAUUUGUAGUCCCCAUGAAGAGUACAUCACAAGACAUUUUUCUGGUGUUAAACAAACAGAUAGGAAUGGAUUGGAAGAUAUAAGAAAUGGAUUCUUAUGGGCAUGGAAUUAUAUGAUUACUAAACGAUGGAAGAGUAACGUUACUGGUGAUGAAACUUACAUGAGACGAUUCAUGAGGAAUUUCCGACGUUUUUGUCUGAAUACUGGAGGAAGAUUGGUUGCUUUUUGGAAUGAAUAUAGUAAAAAUGAGAUUAAAGACGCAUCUCUGGUUAUUGAAUCAAGUGUAUGAUUCAAUUAUUUUGGAUUAAUAUUGAUUGAUUCUACUAAAUGUGACAAAGUGAAACCUUAACUGCAUAAAUUUAUUGUAUAAUUUAAUGCGAAAGAGAGCGAAAACAUUUAGCCAUAACAAUCAUACGUACCUGAUGUUAAUUAAUGAUGAUAGUUGACAUCUUACGUUAAUCCAUUGUUUCAUAAACAUUCAAAUACUUUCUCCUUUCCUUUGAACCACAAGACGUUACGAUUAUUAGUUUGACUAUAAUGAUCAUCUUUGUUACUCACUUUUGAUGGAAUAAAUUGCUUUUUUAAAUAGAAA